AUGUCUGCCCGGCUUGAGAGCUCGGCUGUCGGCGUCGUCUUGGCAGGUGGCGCCUCCCGUCGGCUAGGGCGUGACAAGGCGCUGAUCCGGCUGCCGUCGAGCGGCGAGACCCUGGUGGAGAGUGCUGCCCGACGUCUUGGCGAAGUCUGCUCUGAGGUUGUGGUGGCCGAUCGAGGCCGGUGCCUGGUGGCCGGCUUGGCAUCGGUCGAGGACGGCCUGGGAGCCGGCCCGGCGGCGGCGAUUCUAGGGGCCGCCGGCGCUCGGCCCGGCCGCUCCCUGCUGGUGCUGGCCUGUGACCUGCCGCGGGUACCGCCGUCGCUCUUGCGGCGACUGGUCGAGCAGCCGGCGGUGGAUGGGCCGGCAGCCGAUUUGCGACUUCCGCGCUGGCAGGGUGGACUAGAGCCGUUGGCGGCGUUCUACGGCCCGGCCGCGUUGGAGAUCUUGGCGGCGCGGGUGGUUCAGGGGCACCGGGCGCUGCAUCCCUUGGCCCGGGAGUCCGGGCUGCGGACCUACUUUCUCACCGGUGCGCAACUGCAAACUUAUGGCGAGCCAGCCGACGUCUUUCUCAACGUCAACCGGCCCGACGAUCUGGCUCGGCUGCGCGGCCUGCUGGACUAUGCUGGCUCGGACAAGGCGACCACUGGCACCUGA